CGGCAUAAAAAGUAUGGUGUGUUUAUUAGCACCAAGUACACAUUUUGACAGUGAAAUGAUUUCCAAAUCCGAUACGUACCAACAUCUCCUACAGGAAAUUAUUCGACAUUAUGGCUUCUACUGGUAAUACCCAAAGUGGUGGGCAAACAGAAGUGAAAGCUUCUGUGCUUCAUGGCGCCAAAGAUUUGAAAGUUGUAAGUGGAGGUUUUAAUUGUUUCAUAAGACAAGAAUCUGCUGGCCUAACAUUCAAAGGAAACUCGUACACUUGGUGUACCUGAACCAACAGAGGUACAAGUUGCGGUACAAGCAACCGGUCUUUGCGGAUCUGACUUGCAUUACUAUAAUCACUAUAGGAAUGGAGAUAUUAUCGUAAGGGAGCCUAUGACUCUUGGUCAUGAAUCUGCUGGCGUUGUUACUGCUGUCGGCUCUGAAGUCAACAAUCUGAAGGUUGGAGAUCGCGUUGCGCUAGAAGUUGGACUUCCUUGCAAGAAUUGUGCCUUAUGUGCAAAUGGACGAUACAAUAUCUGCAAAGAAAUGAAGUUUAGAAGUUCGGCGAAGGCAUUUCCACAUUUCCAGGGAACUUUGCAAGAACGGAUCAAUCACCCUGCAGCAUAUUGUCACUUGUAUGUAUCGAUUCCGUACUUUUUAGCCACGUGCUCACUAGUGUAGAUUACCACCAAAUGUAUCUCUUGAGCUCGGUGCCGUACUUGAACCUCUAAGUGUUGCAAUACACGGUACGAGAAGAGCAGCUCUGCCAAAGGGCAAGACGGUUCUCAUCUUUGGUGCUGGAGCAGUGGGCCUCCUAUGUGCAGCGAUGUGUAGGGUCACUGGUGCCAAAAAUAUUGUUAUAGCAGAUAUACAACCCGACCGAUUAGAUUUUGCGAUUCAGAACAAAUUUGCUGAUGCCAAGCUUCUGGUUCCUAUGUCCAGACCUCAGUCGAUCGAGGAUAAAUUAGCUUUCGCGAAAGAGGUCGCGGAAUUAGUCAAGGAGGCAUCUGGAGAAGGAGAGGUCGAUGCAGUAUUUGAAUGCACAGGUGUUGAAUCAUGUCUUCAGGCAUCCAUAUAUGUAAGUCAAAUUGUGUAUCAUGAAAAGGUUGAAGCUAAUUCACGAUAGUCAACUAAACCGGGAGGAAAGAUAAUGUUGAUUGGUAUGGGAACGCCCAUACAAACAUUACCGAUUUCCGCCGCGGCUUUACGAGAAGUUGAUCUCGUAGGUGUCUUCCGAUACGCAAAUACUUAUGCAGAGGCCAUCAAACUCGUUGGGAGCAAGGAUCCUCUACUCCCAGAUCUCUCCAAGUUAAUCACGCAAAGAUACAAGGGAUUCGAGAAUAUUCCGGACGCGUUUGCAAUGGCUGGUAAAGUCAAGGAUGAUGAUGGUAGAUUAGUUUUGAAAGUUCUCGUUGAUACCACCGACUCGUAAAAGUGGCUGUCUAUUCCACAAAGCUACUCACCCGUGGUUAUUAGAUGAUUGUCCUUGGCUAAUGUAGCCUUGUCAAAAUUGGAAAUAGCAGCGAGGGUCAGAUUGGAUAAAUACUUACAUUUUGGUUACCGCCAAUAUUCUGGUAUAAAGUUGAUUGGAAAUAAUCACGUUUGUUGGGCGAUAUAGAAAGAUAAGGCUGAUCAUUCUCAUCAAAAAAGACUCUGUAGAUCACACG